AUGGCAUCUGAUGAGAUGAUGUCUAAUCGCGGAAAUGAAGAAUCAUACUUCACUGAAGAUGAGAUGACAUUGAAUAUGUCGUUUAAAACGGCCAUGAAGGAAGCUGAUCGAGCCCAGGGAUUGACACCCUUCGAGGACAUCCCCGAAAGUCUGAUUGAAAGGAAUCAGACAGGGAAGAUCGUCAAUGUACGAUCUCCAUCUCCGAACAGUCCCACUUCGAACCUGAAAAAACGAGUCAGAGAACUUGAAACCUCAUUGGAAGAAAAAGAGGCACAAGUUAUCAAAAAGAAACAGGAAUAUCAGAGCAAAUUGGGAUCGCUACAGACGCGCAUAUACGAACUGGAACAACAACAGGGCGUAUUGGAAACUAAAGCGGAAGAAUGGAAAGUUCGAUAUGAACGUCAAGUGCAGAUCGCCGAAGAAUCGAUGAAGAUAGCCGAUGACAGGGAGAUGGAAGGCUACAUAGCUGUGAACGAACUUAACGAGAGCAUGUCCGAAGAGACAGCUGAAAGGUCACGGCACAUAGCCGAAUUGAAGGAUCAGUGCGAUGAACUUCGCAAAAAGGCAGAUGAAGCUGAAGCGAAGCGAGAUGAGUAUGCAAACAAACUAGCGGAAGCGACCAAACGAUUGACAGCAGUGAAUAAGGAUAUAUUCAAGCUCAGAGAUGACCUGAAGCUUAAAGAUGAGAAUAUUCAAACUCUCCAACGGGAAUCGGAAGAUCAUCAGAAACGAGCUGAUGAUGCCCUCAAAGUGGCACAAGACCUGAGAGAGCUCCUAGCUACCGAAGGAGAACGACUAAAAGAUGAGAUCAGGCAGGUCACUGAGGAGAACGCGCAGCUCAAAGAAGCUGGUCAGCAGGCGGCCGAAUGGGGCCAAAGAUGGGAAGAUGAAGCACGACGACUAGAUACGAAGGUGACAAAAGUCGAAGUGGAAAGCAAAGAACAUCAGAAAAAGAUCCGUGAGCUGACAGAUGAGAAUAUAAAGCUCAAUACGGAAAUAGUCGAUAUGACACAAACAGUGAUGACUCACCAAGACGAAGUCACCCAAUCGAGAACUCGACUGAAAUCGGCAGCUGACGCGUAUGCUCAACUGGAACAGCAAAUGAAUCAGCUAAUUGACCAGAUUAAAGCGAGAGAGAUGGACGAAAAGGAGUUAAACACAGAGACGAUUCAGCGGCAGAAUUUCGCCCACAUGCUCAAGCAGGAGCGAGAUCAGCUGCAAAUGGAAAACGAGCAGCUUAACACCAGAAUUAAACGUCUCGAAGAUGAGAACAAGGGCCUAAAAGUGACAAAUAAACACAGGGAAGAGCUAAUUCUGCAAGCAGGAAGUGCAAAGAGAGAUGCUGCCGACACACCCCGCCCAGCUAUAGUAAGGCACAAGAAGCGGGCGGGAGCUUCCACUUUGAGAUGCCGCUACGAACGGGCGGCGGCACAGGAGGCUUCAAAGCGGAAAAGGAUGGGGAAACUUCGGAUAAUAGGAACCCGUCAGUUCCAACGGCCCAUCGAAACAGCGGUUAAGGACGGCGCAAAUCAAGAUGCACGCUCUCCACGGCACGAACACGACGGAAGAUUCUUCCAGGAAUAUCGUAACGAACGCAACCAACGAGAAGAUCGGAAUGAAAAUCGAGGACAACGGGAAUUUAACAGAUCCAUCAGAAACAUGGGUCGCAAAACUGAUCUUGCGACUUUCGACGGCAACCGUGAUGCGUUAAGCGGAUGGAUCCGAUUAGUAAGAGAAACACAACGGACAUACGACAUGACUGAUGAUCAGAUACUGAUCGAUAUCGCCAGCGCCGUUAGAGGACCAGCAAAGACCUGGUUCGAUGCCGAAAGAGACAUCGAAGAAGCCGAAGAGGAGGUUUACACCGUCACGGAAUGGUUGAACAAGUUUAAAGAUGAGUUUGGUGAUCGAAAUGAAGAAGUUCUUGGCUUACGCGAAGCCAUGAACAGGAAAUUUAAACCAGGAAAAGAAACACCCGAACAGUUCUAUCAGGCAAUGAUGAAGUUCAAGGCAAAAAGGGCCAUUACUGAACUACAGGCAGUUGCCUUUCUGAUCGACGGAUGCAGAACUGAUCCCGAUCUCUAUAAAGCCCUGAAGAUAAGAGAAUUCAAAACGCCAACGGAGAUAAAGGACUUCUUCCGAUCGUGGACAGCUGGCGAGGACAAAUAUAAAGUGGUGGAAGGUCAACGCAACCAACCGGAGAUCGCAACCAUCCGGUCGGGCCAAGCUGAAAUGGCACAGCGACAAUACGCACCCACACCGUCCCCUGUGGAAUACCAGACGAGAUCGCCAUCCCCAACUCGUAAGGAGAUGACUUUCAUCGACAGCCAAACUGGACAACCGAUCUCAUAUGCCAUGGUCGCCGCGAUACAAGCGCAGGCAAGGCCAAUGGCCCCGGCAAAUGUUAUGCCGAGUCCCCUGAAGGGAGGGGUGCCCCAACAGCAAGGAAGGUCCAAUUAUGGAAAUGGAAAUGGAAACUGGAAUAGUGGCCAACGAAAUGGCAACUUCAACCGAAAUCAGGGGCAGGGCAACUAUCAGCCCAAUAACCGACAAGGGAACUACCAGCAGAAUCGCGGCAACUAUCAGCAGCCGCAGGGUUCCCGAACGGAAUGGAAAUUCGGUCAAGUCGAUGGAUGGAUCGCCCAGGGCGUGCAGCUGUGCCAAAAUUGUGGAUUUGGAAACCACGAUGCACAGAACUGCAUGUUCGCUGGCAUGCCACCAAACCGGAAUCCGAACUUGUUCGCCACCCGAGAGUGGGAACGGCUGCGAGCCCAAGGCGGUUGGCGACAAGCAGUAGCGAACGGCUACGACCUGGUCGCGCGAUGGGCCGCGUUCAAACAGGUGAACGGCGGCGGCGCCGGCCAGGGCAAUGGAAAUGGUGGCGGUGGCGGCUAUAACGGCGGAGGAAGAGGUGGCUUCCGCGGAAGAGGUCGCGGCAAUGGACGCGGCGGAUAUGGCAACCGGAACGGCGGCGGCAACGGACGCGCCGAUAAUAACGACGGCGGCGGCGCGAACGGCGCUGGCCAGAGAAAUGAACAAGUCCAGCAGCGGCAGCAGGUGCUGGAUCAGGGAAACGGCCAAGAUCAGUAG